AUGUCAUGCAGGAGAACUACGAGAACGUGACCUCGCUGGCAACACCCCGACAUGCCAGUGACGCACACACCAGCCCUCUGCCCUCUCCUGCUACACAACACUGCGGGGACAGAGCCCAGGCGCAGCACAGCACAAAGUCUAACGUCGUCUUUCUGCUGAGGCAAAACUUGGGUUUAGUUCCAUUGUCGCAAACGGAAGCUGCUUACGCUCAAACACGGAGCCUGCUUCGCGCGAACCAUCUCAGACCUGUAAAAUGUUACCCUCUCUUUGCCGUCAGCCCGAGGCCUUCACUUACCCCUCACCGAGCCCUGGAGACCAGUACCAUGAAUGCCACCAAAUUACUGACAAACCCGUGGCAAGAGCUCCCCCUUCCGCACCUUUAGCGACACAGCCCCCAACCCGCAGCACGGACAUGGGGAAGGUUCAUGUCACAGUCCCAGCUCUGCCAAGCUGCUCCAGUUAAUCCCUCCACCAUCCGGUUACAGCUGCAGCUGACCCAGUGCACACAGCUGGGGGGGCAUGCGGAUAAACGCUGGGAUUCCCCGUCUGUGAACACAGCACAAACAGUGACAUGUUCCCUUAGUCCUUCCUCAUAGUGAUUAUAAAUUCAUAGGUUUUAUGGCAAGAAGGGAUUAUAAAUUCAUCUAGUCUGGCCUCAUGUGUAACGAGCCAAAGAAUCUCAUCCAGUUACUGUGGGAUCGAGCUGAAUAGCUUGUGCCGGACUAAAUCAUCCUCCAGAAAGUCAUCAAGUCUUGGCGUGAAGAUUUGAAGUGAUGGAGAAGCUGCCACUCCCCUUGGUGGUGCGUUAACCUUUGGAACGGGGGCUGCGGCAGGAGCUUUGCCGUGACAAUCCCAGUCACCCUUAAAGGGUUACCAGUUCCCAGAUCUGAUGUGAUCUCCCAGCGGGCUCGAGCGGUGAAGCCAGGGGUCCCAGAUGUCCAGGGCUCAGAGGAAAGCGAGAUCUGGAGGGAGGCCCACACAGCAGGGGAUGGGAUGGUGAGUGAGAACGAGGAGCAGGAUCCUCAGCGGGAAGAUGCUGAGCCGGUGGGACCAUACCUGGGGUUAUCGCACAGCUCCAAAGCGGACGUGUCCAGGAGUCAUGAGCAGGGAACAGCCUGGGAGAUUCAGCACAGAGCAGAGAGAGAGCAGGGAAACCAGCCAAGGGAGAACAUGAGUAUAUCCAUUAAUGACUGGGAAACUCCCAGGGACCAGAAGGAAACCACAGCCCAGAAGAGAAACCCGACAGGAGAGCGAACCAACAUGUGCACUGAGUGUGGGAAACGUUUCAGCAGCCGCUCACGCCUUAGAGAACACCAGAGAAUCCACACAGCAGAGAGACCCUACGAGUGCGGGAAAACCUGCCCUCUGAGCUCACGGCUCAUUGCGCAUCAGAGGCUCCAGACAGGAGAGAGACCCUCUGAAUGCUCUGAGUGCGGGAAAACCUUCACUCGGAGUUCGUCCCUCGUUGCACAUCAGAGGAUCCACACGGGGGAGAGACCCUAUGAAUGCAGCGAGUGCGGGAAAUGCUUCAGUAGCCGCUCAGGCCUUUUUGACCAUAAGAGAAGCCACAGCGGGGAGAGACCCUAUGAAUGCUGGGAGUGCGGGAAAACCUUCACCCGACGCUCACACCUGAUUACGCAUCGGCGAAUCCACACCGGCGAGCGCCCCUAUGAAUGCCGCGAGUGCGGAAAAACCUUCUCUCAGCUGUCAGUCCUAAUUAGACACAAGAGAACCCACACGGGAGAGCGCCCCUAUGAGUGCUGCCAGUGCGGGAAAAGCUUCACUCAGAGCUCAUCCCUUAUCACGCAUCAGAGAAUCCACACGGGGGAGAGACCCUACGAAUGCCGUGAGUGCGGGAAAAGCUUCACUCGAAUCGCCGCUCUUGUUACGCACCAAAGUGCGCACGCGGGAGAGCGCCCCCUUCUGAGUGCGGGAAACGCUUCGCUCGGAGCGCAACGCUCAUUAGACAUGAGAGGGUCCGCACAGGAGAGAGACCCUGUGAGUGCGGGAACACCUUCACCUGGCGUAUUGCACAUCAGAGAAUCCAUGCAGGCGAGUGCCCCUAUCCAUGCUGCUAGUGCAGGGGAAGCCUCUCUCAGCGCUCAGCCCUUCCUGCACGUCGGAGGAUCCACACGGGCGAGAGACGCCAGAGAUGCUUCUUGGGAGAAAAGCUUCCGUCAGCGCUCAGCCCUUAUUUAUCCCCCGAGAAUGCCCCAGGGAGAUCGACGUUGCAAAAACCUCGUCGAGAGCCAACAAAACAUUGAUUUUCUUUAAUACUUUUGCUGAUUCCCACAUCGUGGCCCGUCAGGCUGUUUGAAGCUUUUGCCUCACCGUGGUCUCUCAAAUCUACCGCUGGCUUUUAAAGCUCGCCGGUCUUUGGGGUGAGUCCUCUUGCUCUGUCAACUCCUUUGUGUUACGAGUCUUGUGUCUCCCUCCUGGCAGGAAUGUCCCGCAGCCCCAGGUUGGGGCGUUAGGGCUGACAGCAGUGAACUCCACUGCCAUAAAAUCUACCCGGUAUGGCCAUGUGAAAACACAACUAUUCCUUCAGUAAAAACAUGGUCGGUGUGUAAUGGCUGCGUUAUCUAGCACACUUCCUCAUGGCCUGACCUAACCUCGAUCAGUUCUCCUCGUCUAAACAAUCCCGGCGCAUCACGUUUGUACUAAAACAACGAGGAGUCCGGUGGCACCUUAAAGACUAACAGAUUUAUUUGGGCAUACGCUUUUGUGGGUUAAAAACCCCACUUCUUCAGAUGCAUCGGGCUGCAGGGUGCUUUGGGAAGGGUUUGCAGUGUCUCAUGGAGCAGGCAGAUUUAUACUGUUCCUCUCACUGCAAGGUAAUUGUUACAGUCACUUAAUUCCCUCUUCGUGGACAGAUUGUCUCAUUGUUCUCACGCUGCCUUGGGUUGUGCUGAAUGCGGGGAGGGGGGUGCAUUGCUUCUCUUCUUUAAAAUAUAUUUAAAUAUAACAAAGA